GUGAAAACUGGAUCAAAAAGACUUCUCAUCAGGGAGGUUAUUGGCGACGGCGACGUCAACAAUCGACCUAAUGGCUUGCUCGCCGACUUUGGAUAAUAUGUAAUCAUCAGUGAACGAUUCUUGAUCUAGUAAUAGUAAACCCUUUUGGUGAUUUAUUUAUCUAUGCUAUCAAUUUUUAUGCAAGUCUUUCUAUAGAAUAUUUCUCUCUCGUCAUGAUUAAUGCUAAUUUUCAGUUUUUCACCUCCACAAACAAAAGACGGUUCUACUCGCACGUGUUAAAAGACGGUUCUGCUCAUAAGCAUACAAAAAUAGAAGGCUAGGAUCAUAAAUCUUAUAAGUUACAAAUCAAAAUAACAUAUAUAUUCACUAAAUACUUUACAUGAGAGAUUGAAUUAGAAAUGGAAAUAAUAUUAGUCACUUUGUGCUUAACAACGCUCCUUGCACUUCUUCUCCUUAAAUCCAUCCUCAAAAGAACCACCACGAACAAUCUUAACCUACCACCAUCUCCAUGGCGACUUCCCGUGAUCGGAAACCUCCACCAGCUCAGCCUCAAUACUCACCGUUCUCUCCGUUCCCUAAGUCUCCGAUAUGGACCACUCAUGCUCCUUCAUUUCGGCCGCACACCAGUCCUUAUAGUCUCCUCAGCCGACGUUGCUCAUGACAUCUUGAAGACGUACGAUGUUAUUUGUGCCAACCGCCCAAAAACAAAAGUGAUUGAUAAAAUUUUGAGAGGUGGCAGAGAUGUGGCUUUUGCCCCUUACGGAGAAUAUUGGAAACAAAUGAAGAGUAUUUGCAUUCAGAAUCUACUCAGCAACAAAAUGGUCCGGUCUUACAAGAAGAUAAGAGAAGACGAGAUAAAACUAAUGAUAGAAAAAGUGGAAAAUGCGAGUUCUUGUUCUCCUCCCUCACCAGUAAAUCUAAGCCAACUCUUUAUGACUUUGACAAACGAUAUAAUAUGUAGAGCUGCCUUGGGAAGAAAAUAUAGCAGCAAGGAAGAUGGAAUUGAUGUUGAGAACAUAGUUAGGGCAUUUUCCGCACUCGUGGGUGAAUUUCCUAUCGGCGAAUACAUUCCUAGUUUGUCGUGGAUCGAUAAAAUCCGCGGUCAGGAUCAUAAAAUGGAGGAAGUAGAUAAAAGAUUUGAUGAGUUUUUGGAAAGAGUCGUAAAAGAACAUGAAGAUGCCAAUAAAGACACCAGAUCGGACUUGGUUGAUACGUUACUAACGAUCCAAAGUGAUAAGAGUGCCUUAAAACUUAUAAUAUGGGAUAUGUUUUUAGCGGGAACGGCAACAAGUCUCUCGUUUCUUGAAUGGGCAAUGACAGAGCUUAUGAGAAAUCCUAAGGUCAUGAAGAAACUCCAAGAAGAGAUUCGUUCGAGUUCACGACAAGGUUUAUUUGUAACGGAGAAAGAAGCUGAGAAGAUGGAUUAUUUGCAAGCAGUUAUUAAGGAGGCUUUACGGUUGCGUCCUCCUGCUCCACUAAUGGUUCCACGAGUAUUUAGUGAAGAUGUCACGUUAAAGGGAUACAAUAUUCCUGCAGGAACACAGGUUAUAAUCAAUGCUUGGGCAAUCCAACGAGAUACUACAACAUGGGGGAUAGAUGCAGAAGAGUUUAGGCCAGAAAGGCAUUUAGACUCUAUUUUGGAUUUUCAGGGACAAGAUUUCAAAUUUAUUCCAUUCGGAUCGGGAAAAAGGAUAUGUCCUGGGAUAGGAUUCACAUCGGCAUUGAUCGGGGUGACAUUGGCCAAUAUCGUGAAACGGUUCAACUGGAGAAUGGAUGUGGAACCACAAAGGGUUCAACAUGACCUAACCGAAGCAACCGGUCUCGUGGUUUUCCGCAAAUUCCCUCUUAUUGCUAUUCCAUCUUCUGCUUGAUUCCUCGUGUCAACACUUGUCUCUCUCUUGGGCUUGCUUAAUGAAUAAAACAUUGUAAAUUUGUAUGGUUUAUUGAUGUCUUGUCUUACAUAUGUAUUUGACAUUCUCUGUUACUGAAAUGUUAAAAUAUCGUUGCAUUUACUGUAAGCAACACAAACAUAUCUUCUUAUUGAUUCAUUAACCAUGCAAAUCCAAACUCUUCAAAGAUGUAUGGGAUCUAUGAGUAAGGUGACUAUAUACUCCUUCAAUUUUCCUUCACUACAAUUGUAUAUAUCAUCGGACUUGGUGUAGAGGACUUCCAAUAAGCGUCCAAAAUUGAGGGCUUGCUUGAGAACUCGACGUGGCACGGUGGUUGUUUUUAGUAGCUCCUCAUUUACUAUCUUAUUGAUGUCUACGACCAUUUUUUGACACUCUAGAAUAGCUUCUUCUUUGGUAACUACGAAUUGCUUCAUAUAAUAGUUGAUC